AGUGGGCAACUAUUUAUCGAUUUACAAAACUGUAGAAAAAUAAUGUAGACGUCAAAUAAACAACCAUUAAAAAGUACUUCCAAGUUUACAAAGAUCUUACUCAAUUUUUUUAAAUUUUUAACUAUUCUCAUAAUGUCUUCUGAUGAAAUAUCUGUCAAGUCGAAAGCUGUUAUUGAAUCAUCAAAACUUGAGCUACACGAAGGCGAAGUUCCAGAUUCUUUAUGGCAUGAACGAAUUCAAAUAUAUCUGGAUACUUGUACCGAUAUUAAAAAUAUACUUACCCAUCAACCAAGUGUGGAAUACUAUGCCCCGCCAGUGUCUACUCUUAUACUAUUAGGCGGUAUUCUUGGAAAUGUAUAUACCACUGGUAAACUGCAUAAUAACAACAACCUUAAUCUACUUGCUAACGAGAUUCUACAUAUCCUGAUGAAUAAAUGUCGCGUAGAAACUAUCAGAAAGUUAUUACUCCUGGAGCCUAGUCAUCAAUCUAAAAAGUUGAAUUCUUCUUCCUCUUCUUCUUCUCCUACGAAUUUAGCUUCACAAAUAUUAAAACUUUGUGUUAUUCAUAUUACAAAAGCCUCAGACAAAUCGUCAGAUGAUCCACUGACUCGUGCACCUUUAUUUCGUGAUACACUUAUCUGGUUAACUAUAGAACAACUUGAUUAUCCUGAACUAGCUGGUGAUGAAUUCAUCUCUGUCUUACAACCUUUGGGUUUAAGACUUACAGAAGAUUAUCGUCCGUGUAUCCAACUGGCUGGUCUUAAACUUCUCUACAAUUUAGCCUGUAAAGCUCGUAUAGCUGAUUGGCGACAAAGUAGUCGCGCGGAAGCCGUCAUCUUUCAAUUAUUAAAUCAUAGAAUCGCUAGUAGCCCUGAUUCAUCAGAGAUAUUACUUGAUGAAGUUUAUUCAACUCUGUUAGUGUUAACAAAUCUAUUGGAUAAAGCAAGAUCAUUUCAUUGGUAUGAUAAAAUAACAGAACGACUACUGUUUGAUCUAUUAAUGGAAAGUCGAUAUAAGCGUCAAAUUGUUCUACUUAAACAUUUAUUAAAAUUGAUGAAUAUUUUGAAAGCAUCUUUUUCAUUGUAUACUGAACAAUUUUUAAAAAUUGUAUCAAGUAUUUUACUUGGUCCACGAAAAUUUAAACAUACUAUCACUUCAAAAACCGAUCAAUCGGAUGAAUAUGAUACAGUCUAUGUACUUGUAUUACAAUCUGUAACAGAAUUUAUCCAGUUGUGUUGGCCAAUAAUUUCUCCUACAUUACUACCUGAACUUAUCCCGCCAUUGAUUGCAUUUAUUGAUUUAUUAUCAUAUGAUAAUCAUCCGUUAGCAGGCGAACCGAGCGAAGUGUAUUCACCACUUAUAAAAGGCAUAUUUAAGCAUCUUAUCCUGCUGGAGUCGAAUUUAAUGUCUGAUGUCCUACAACCUUUGUGUAGUAAAAUUCCACAGUUGAAAUUCUAUCUUCCAACAGGAGGAUAAUGCAUGUUAAUUUUGGUACAUAAGAUGACUUUGUGUGUAUAUAUAUCUUAUUUAUUAUUAUUUUUCUAAAAUAAAAUAGUCGAAAAC